AUGGGUUCUUAUCCGGAUGGAUCCUAUGAUGGGUUCGAUUUCAAUAACGAGUUUGAUGAUUUGGUUGGCUCAAAUGGAUUCUAUCUAGAUGAGCCUUUCUUAGAUUUCGCAUCUUUAGAUCAUUCCUCUGUUCCUACACAAACACAUCCCCACAACAACAACAAAUCUGUAGCUGCAGAUUCUUCAUCAUCUCCAUCUGAUGAUGCUGAUUUCUCAGAUUCGGUUUUGAAGUACAUAAGUCAAGUUCUUAUGGAAGAAGACAUGGAAGAGAAGCCUUGUAUGUUUCAUGACGCUUUAGCUCUUCAAGCUGCUGAGAAAUCUCUCUAUGAAGCCCUAGGCGAGAAAUACCCUUCUUCGAGUUCUGCUUACCCGGAGAAAUUGUCUGAAGAUAGUCCUGAUGGUUCUUGUUCAGGUGGUGGUUUCAGUGAUUACGCUAGUACCACGACCACUACUUCCUCUGAUUCACACUGGAGUGUUGAUGGUUUGGAUAAUAAUAGACCUUCUUGGUUACAAACACCGAUCCCUAGUAAUUUUGUUUUCCAGUCUACUUCUAGGUCCAACAGUGUCACUAGUGGUGGUGGUAAUAGUUCGGUUUUCGGGUCAGGUUAUGGCGAUGAUUUGGUUUCGAGUAUGUUUAAAGAUAGUGAAUUGGCUAUGCAGUUCAAGAGAGGAGUAGAGGAAGCGAGUAAAUUCCUUCCUAAACCAUCUCAGCUCUUUAUCGAUGUGGAGAGUUACGUCCCCAAGAAUUCGGGAUCCAAGGAAAAUGGUUCCGAGGUUUUUGUUAAGACAGAGAAGAAGGAUGAGACAGAGCAUCAUAACUCUGCUCCUAACAGAUUGACUGGAAAGAAAAGCCAUGGGCGUGACGAAGAUGAAGAUUUCGUCGAAGAAAGAAGUAACAAACAAUCAGCUGUUUAUGUUGAAGAAACCGAGCUUUCUGAAAUGUUUGACAAGAUUUUGUUAUGUGGCACUGGGAAACCUGUAUGCAUUAUUGACCAGAAGUUUCCAAAAGAACCCGCAAAAGUCGAGACAACACAGCAAAUUGCGGCGCAGUCAAAUGGAGCAAAGGCCCGCGGAAAGAAACAAGCUGCUAAUAGUAAUACUAAUGAUUCUAAGAAAGAAACUGCUGAUUUGAGGACUCUUUUGGUUUUAUGUGCACAAGCUGUAUCAGUGGAUGAUCGUAGAACCGCAAACGAGAUGUUAAGACAGAUUCGGGAGCAUUCUUCGCCUCUAGGCAAUGGAGCAGAGAGAUUGGCUCAUUAUUUUGCAAAUAGUCUCGAAGCACGCUUGGCUGGGACCGGUACCCAGAUUUACACCGCUUUAUCUUCGAAGAAAACAUCUGCAGCAGACAUGUUGAAGGCUUACCAGACAUACAUCUCGGUCUGCCCGUUCAAGAAAGCCGCUAUCAUAUUUGCUAACCACAGCAUAAUGCAUUUGACUGUGAACGCCAACACGAUUCACAUCAUAGAUUUCGGGAUAUCUUACGGUUUUCAAUGGCCUGCUCUGAUUUAUCGCCUCUCGUUCAGAUCUGGUGGUCCCCCUAAGCUUCGGAUAACCGGGAUAGAGCUUCCUCAGCGCGGAUUUAGGCCAGCGGAAGGAGUUCAAGAGACGGGUCAUCGCUUGGCUCGAUACUGUCAGCGAUACAAGGUACCGUUUGAGUACAACGCGAUUGCUCAGAAAUGGGAAACGAUCAAAGUCGAAGACUUGAAGAUUAAAGAAGGAGAGUUUGUGGUUGUAAACUCUCUGUUCCGUUUCAAGAACCUUCUAGAUGAGACCGUUGUGGUAAACAGCCCGAGAGAUGCGGUUUUGAAGCUGAUAAGGAAAGCAAACCCAAAUGUUUUCAUUCCGGCGAUACUAAGCGGAUCAUACAACGCGCCAUUCUUUGUCACGAGGUUUAGAGAAGCGUUGUUUCAUUACUCAGCUCUGUUUGAUAUGUGCGACUCGAAGCUAGCGAGGGAAGACGAGAUGAGGCUGAUGUUUGAGAAAGAGUUUUAUGGGAGAGAGAUUAUGAAUGUAGUGGCUUGUGAAGGGACAGAGAGAGUGGAAAGACCAGAGACUUAUAAGCAGUGGCAAGCGAGAGUGAUCCGAGCGGGGUUUAGACAGCUUCCGCUUGAGAAAGAACUAAUGCAGAAUCUGAAGUUGAAAGUCGAAAACGGAUACGACAAAAACUUCGAUGUUGAUCAAAACGGUAACUGGUUGCUUCAAGGUUGGAAAGGUAGAAUCGUGUAUGCUUCAUCUGCUUGGGUUCCUUCUUAA